CAGCCUAUAUCAGUGAUGAGACUGUGUGUCCCCUCCUCAGACGAGACGUGUCCUGCCAACGUGUGGGACUCUAAGAACCGCGGGGUGAACGGCACCCAGAGAGGACAGAUCGUCUGGAGGCUGGAGCCUGGACCUUACUUCAUGGAGUCUGAGACUAAGAUCUGCUUUAAGUACUAUCAUGGAGUGAGUGGAGGCCUGAGAGCAAACCCCUGCAUCACCGUCAACAACCCAGGACUUCCUGUUAGAGCCGAGGGUCAAGCUGAGGGCCAAUCAGUGACAGAGAACUGUCGGAAACUCGUCAGCUUCACUUUAUCAGAUAUCCGUGCGUUGGGUCUGAAGAAGGGGAUGUUCUUUAACCCUGACCCCUACCUGAAGAUGUCCAUCCACCCUGGGAAGAGGAGUGGCUUCCCCACCUUCACACACCACGGACAGGAGCGCCGCUCCGCCAUCAUAUCUAACACCACCAACCCUGUCUGGCCCGGGGAGAAGUACACGUUUGUGGCUCUGAUGACAGAUGUCUUGGAGAUCGAGGUGAAGGAUAAGUUUUCUAAAAGCCGACCAAUCAUCAAGCGCUUCCUGGGUCAACUGACCAUCCCAGUGCAGAGGCUGCUAGAGAGACCUAAUGCAGAGGACCAGCCGCUAAGCUAUAACCUGUGUCGUCGUCUGCCCACGGACCAUGUGAGCGGCCAGCUGCAGUUCAGAGUGGACAUGACCUCUGGACAUGACGAGGGCUCUCCUGAUGCCAUGGGUUCAAUCUUGGGUUUGUCAGUGAACGGGGACCCUGGGAGCCCCUCUGACGAUGAAGACCCCCACCCUUCCUCCAGGGCCCGGGGCCCCUCUCCCACAGGUUCCUACUCCUCCCUGCUCAAUGGAGAGGUCCACAGGGAUGGAGACGAUGUCUGGAGUGAUGCCCGAGGGGCGGUAGGCGAGCUUGACGUCCUGGGAUUGGCAAUCCCGGGCGGCCACACCCAUCGACAGGUGUCCCUCAACGACUACUUGAUGCCAUCGAAGCUCCUAAGGGCCCAGGAGAACGGCCCCUGGGCGCGACAUGAAGCUGGAGGGGAUGGAGCUGGAGAGGAUGGAGCUGGAGAUGGGGCUGGAGCUGGAGAUGGAUCCAUGGCUGGGGUUGGAGUUGCAGUUGAAGCGAGGACUGGAGCUGGAUCCAUGGCUGUGGCUGGAUCUCUAACUGUAGCCAGACCUGGGGUUGGAGCUGAGGCCAGACCUGUAUCGGUGGUUGGUCCUGGGGCUGGAGCUGGGGCUCCUCUAUCUCCAAUACCUGAGACAAAUACUGCAGUGCAGGGGGUGUCAGAGGACACUGUUGCAGCCAGAACUGAGACCAGCCAGCAACCAACGAUCUCAGGGGCCACAGCAGCCCAGGAGCCCCUCAGGAACUCACUGCCUGCUGUUCUGAAGACAUCCACGACUCAGAAGAGACGGAAGGAAGAGGAAAUGGCGCCCAAGGCCGAGGAGGAAGGGGCGGAGUCAUCCAGUGAAGGAGCAAGUGCCAUUGCAGCCCCCCCGACGACCAGUAGCGUUGCCGACCAGGGGGGCGGGGCCUCUGGCUCCGAUGUCACAGGAGCAAGGACCGCCAGCGCAGCAGCCAAUGAGGAAGAAGAGGGUGGGGAGAUCUGGCAGAGGAGGUCCAUGCAGGCGUCUGGAGGCGUGUCUCAGGAGGAGGGGGCGCGGUCUUCUGAGGCAAGCGGUCCAAUCGACUCUUCUCAGAGUGUCUCUGAGGAGGGCAGCGAGGCAGGAGGGGCCACAGGUCAAGUCAACGGUCACCAGUCCGUCCGCUCCCUGCCCUCUGUCCGUCACGACAUGGGUCGCUACCAGAGAGUAGAUGAGCCACUUCCUCCCAACUGGGAGGCCCGUAUAGACAGUCACAGUCGUGUGUUCUAUGUGGACCAUGUGAACCGCACCACCACCUGGCAGAGACCCACCGCGCCUCCAGCACCGCAGCUCCUCCAGAGGUCCAACAGCAUACAGCAGAUGGAACAGCUCAACCGCAGGUAUCAGAGUAUACGCAGGACGAUGACCAAUGAGAGAACAGCAGAGGAGCUGACAGCUCCGCCCGAGGUGCCCACCGACGACACUGACCACCACACUAUCCCAGAGUAUCGUCGUGAUGGUGUGGUGACUCCAGAUAGUUCUCGGUCUCGUCUCAGUCUGCUCCUCCAGUCUCCCAGCGCUAAGUUCCUGACCAGCCCUGACUUCUUCACCUUGCUGCAUUCCAACCCUAGUGCCUACCGCAUGUUUACAGGUAACACCUGCCUGAAACACAUGAUCAGUAAGGUGCGUCGGGACACGCAUCACUAUGAGCGCUACCAGCACAACAGAGACCUGGUGGUUUUCCUCAACAUGUUCUCCAACAAACAGCUGGAGCUGCCCCGUGGCUGGGAGCUGAAGCAUGACCACACUGGCAAGCCUUUCUUUGUGGACCACAACUGCCGGGCCACUACGUUCAUCGACCCUCGGCUCCCUCUUCAGAGCAGCACACGUCCCAGCAGCCUCCUGGCCCACCGCCAGCACCUGACCAGACAACGCAGCCACAGCGCUGGCGAAGUCAGCCCACAACACAUGGUGGGUGACCACCCUCGUCAUUCUGGAGGAGGACCCCCUGUAAUGCCCCGCCCAUCCAGCACCUUCACCCCGGUCAGCCGCACCCAGUACCAAGAUGUAGUGCCAGUGGCUUACAACGACAAGAUUGUGGCGUUUCUACGACAACCCAAUAUCUUUGAGAUCCUGCAGGAGAGACAGGCAGAGUUUAUCAGGAACCACUGGCUCAGGGAGAAGGUGCAGUUGAUCCGUAAUGAAGGGGCCUCUGGUCUUGCCAGGCUGUCUGGUGAUGCAGACCUGGUCAUCCUCCUCAGCCUGUUUGAGGAGGAAGUGAUGUCAUACGUUCCGCCUCACGCCUUACUGCACCCCAGCUACUGCCAGUCCCCACGAAGCUCCCCCGUGUCCUCCCCACAGAACUCACCUGGAACACAGCGAGCUAAUGCCCGUGCCCCUGCCCCCUACAAGCGAGACUUUGAAGCCAAACUGCGAAACUUCUACCGCAAACUGGAGACCAAGGGCUAUGGCCAGGGUCCAGGGAAGUUAAAGUUGAUCAUCCGUAGAAAUCAUCUCCUGGAGGAUGCCUUCAACCAGGUCAUGUGUUACUCCCGGAAAGACCUGCAGAGGAGCAAGCUCUAUGUCAGCUUCCUGGGAGAGGAGGGGUUGGACUACAGCGGCCCGUCCAGAGAGUUUUUCUUCCUGGUGUCCAGAGAGCUGUUCAACCCGUACUACGGCCUGUUUGAGUACUCUGCCAACGACACCUACACCGUUCAGAUCAGCCCCAUGUCUGCCUUCGUAGACAACCAUCACGAGUGGUGA